UGGAUGCUUUUUCUCAUCGUCGUCGUAUUCCGUGUUUCUUAGCUUGCAUCAGCUUGCAUUUUGAGCUUGGGCAAUGCCGCAUUUCAAUGAUUUCUAAUGUCUGAUGGGUCUGGCGAGAAGAUCAAAAAGUUUGUUUUCAAAACCAAACCCCCGUUGAUUGGAGAAGGCCCCCCGGAGACGCUUGAGGUCAUCAUUCCCGAGCUUCUUCAAGCGAGCUACAACUUUUACACGUGGCCCUCGGCUCCAAUCCUUGCGUGGUUCCUGUGGGAGCAUCGACGCGAGCUUCCCGGAAAACGCGUGAUUGAAAUCGGCGCCGGCACCAGCUUGCCAGGAAUCGUAGCUGCAAAGUGCGGAGCCGACGUUACCUUGUCCGACUGCGCCAGUCUGCCGAGGAGUCUGCAGCACUGCCAACGGGUGUGCGACAUCAACGGACUGACCGGCCGAGUGCGCGUCCUUGGACUCUCGUGGGGCCUCUUUCUGCACAGCACCUUUGCCCUCGGCCCUGUGGAUUUGAUACUGGGCUCAGAUUGCUUCUACGAGCCGUCCCUCUUCGAAGACAUCUUGGUCACCGUGUCCUUCUUGCUCGACAAGAACCCGUUGGCCAAGUUCCUGUGCACAUACCAGGAGAGAAGUGCUGACUGGUCCAUCGAGCACCUGCUCAACAAGUGGGGCCUUCGCUGCGAGCACAUCCCGCUGUCCACUUUGGGCGCAGAGUCUGGCAUUGACGUUCACGAGCUGAUGCAAGAUCACACCAUCCACUUGCUGGAAAUUGCCAAAGCUUAA